AUGAACAGGAGCCCCUUCUCGCGUUCCCUCUCUCUUUCUCUUUUUUCUCUCUCUCUUUAUAUCUAUCUAUCUAUCUAUCUAUCUCUCUCUCUCUCUCUAUAUAUAUAUAUAUAUAUCAUAAUCUGCAAGUCUAUCUGUCUAUCUAUCUAUCUAUCUAUCUAUCUAUCUAUCUAUCUAUCUAUCUAUCUAUCUCAUUUUAUAUGUGAUUGUCUACGUUUCGUCUAUCUAUCUAUCUAUCUAUCUUGUUCAUAUCCAUCCAUUUAUUUAUCUUGUCAUACUUAUCUAUCUCUAUAUCUAACUGCUCAUCUCUCUCACUCUCUCUCUAUCUCUCUCUCUAUCUAUCUUUCUAUGUUCAUAUCUAUCUCAUCAUAUCUAUCUAUCUAUCUAUCAAUGUAUCUGCUUAUAUCUAACUGCUCAUAUAUACCUAUCUCGUCAUAUAUAUCUAUCUAUCUAUCUAUCUAUCUAUCUAUCUAUCUAUCUAUCUGCUUAUAUCUAUUUGCUCAUAUAUAUCUAUCUCGUCAUAUCUAUCUAUCUAUCUAUCUGCUUAUAUCUAUCUGCUCAUAUAUAUCUAUCUCGUCAUAUCUAUCUAUCUAUCUGUUCAUAUAUAUCUAUUUAUCUAUCUCGUCAUAUUCAUCUCUCUAUCUAUCUGCUUCUAUCUAUCUAUCUAUCUGUUCGUAUCUAUCUAUUUAUUUAUCUAUUUCGUCAUAA